AUCAGAGUUUCAGUUCAAGUUAACAACAUCUGUUCGCAUGAUCGUUAAUCUUGAGAACAACAUCUGUUUGCCUGAUCGUUACUCUUGAGGAUACUUCAGUUCGUGAUUUAACUUUAUCCUUUUUUUCUUUCUUUAUUUUAUUUCCAAUACCUUAGCAACUCAUACUAGAUACAAGAUACAUCCAAACAGCUUGUUGUACCACAAGCAUUGUUUGGGUGGCAUCAUCGAAAUGAGUGUCGCUCUAUUAGGCGUGAAUCACCAGGAAUUGUUUGAGAAUUCUACACAAAACCAAAUUUAACUCAACACUACUAAUAAGGUUAUGUUACCUUGACAACACUAAGCUUUAAUAUUACUUAAAUAACCCGUCAAAGAAAUAUUCUCUGGAACGAUUGAUAACUACAAGUGGAAAACUAACCCAUAUGUUUUGAUAGAUGAAAGCAACCGUCUUUUUCAUGUUGGUGGUUGUUGGGCUGGGAGUGGUAGCUGGCGGAAAGAAAGAGAAGAUUUCUUGUAAAAGACUCACAUCUCUUUUUCAGUUUAAAUGCUUGAAGAAGGGGUAUGUGACAAAAAUUAAAGGAUGGGAAAAAUGCACCUACGAGGAGAAGGUUUUGCCACCCCGGAUCCUAAAUAAGUGUGCUGAAGUCGAGGAACAAGUCAGCAGUUGCCUUCCUUUCUGUAGGAACCAACCGACAGAUCUUUCUUUUACUGAAGCAACUGAGCCACCCAAGACAACGUCUCAGCCACCGAAGACGUGCACGAAGCCGCAAAUCGAAACUUGCACGAAAUACAAUAGACUCUUUCCCGGAGCAGUACUUCCAGGAGGCACCUAUACAUCGCUUCCUAGCCUAUCAGCCUGUGUGAAAUUCUGUCGAGUACUGAAAAAAUGCAGGGCUAUAGUCUUCUUUCCCAAGCUUAGCAAAUGUUAUGUUAAGAGCGAUGCUUACAAGCCUGUGUCCCCCAUCCCCAGGAGUUAUGGACCAAUUAACCCUUCCUCCAUUGAAAUGUCCUGUCUCGAGGCUGAGUGCUUGGAGGACUUCGUUCCAAAAGCAUAGAUAAAAAACUGACUUUCUUCCACUUCAUACAUAUUUCAUAGCAGGUUUUAGAAUAUAUAUAUGAUGAUCUCAUUUUGUCUUUUUAAGUGAAGUUUUCAUCUUUUAAAAAAUGUUCAGUACCAUUCUUGCAAAAUAGUAUCCGUCAAAAUUAAUCUUGUUGAAUUGAUGUACAGUAGCUAGUAUGAACAAUAAUAGCAACUCUUGUCUUAUUACCAAAUUGGGUGGAUUUCUAUAUUUUCGGCAUUUCUCUGUCUAGCAAUAAGUAAAACGUCUGUUGUGAAUCUGGUCAGUCGUAAAUUUGUAACAUUAGGUACUUCAUUUCUUAGUUACCAUCACUCUUGCAGUUGAGUGAAGGCUUGAUUUUUGUAUACCAUUCGUGCUAAUCGUAGUUAUUUUUUUACUCUGAAUUGCAAUUUUCGCAAUAAGCUAGUGGUCAUUAAUGAAAUUUGUUGAAUUUUUAAAAAAACUGAUUUCAACAUAUAAUUUACUAACCAAUAUUCUCCAAUAGAUGAGAACCACAGUAUUCCUGCUGUUCAUUAUUGCGCUGGGUGUAGUAGCCUGUGGCAAGAACAAAGAGGCUGGCAGCAAGAAAGAGAAGGCUGGCGGAAAGAAAGAAAAGGCUGGCGGAAAGAAAGAGCAAGAUGCUUGUAAACGGCCCUCAUCUUCUUUUAGAAGGAAGUGUUUGAAGGGAGGCUACGUUCCAACUGAUCUGUCUGAGGCAAUGCUUGAAGGAUGUACCAUAAAGGCAAAGACAAUGGCUAAACGGACCGCAAAGAAAUGUGCUCAACUCGAGAAAGAUGUCAGCAGUUGCCCUCCUGUUUGUUUGAAUAUACCUGAUGUGACGGAACCCUAUUCUACAGAACCACCUAAGGUUACUAAGCCGGCUAAAGAAGUUACUCUGCCACCUAAAGUGGUAACUGAGCCACCUAAAGUGGUAACUGAGCCACCUAAAGAGGUAACUGAGCCACCUAAAGUGGUAACUGAGCCACCUAAAGUGGUAACUGAGCCACCUAAAGUGGUAACUGAGCCACCUAAAGUGGUAACUGCAGCACCUACUGAGCCACCAAAGAUUUGCACAAAGCCGACCGUCAACUCUUGCACCUACCCCAACAAGGUCCUUGGCGGGGCUCAGCUGUCACCAGGCUACUAUAACACUCUCGCUAACUUCCAGGCCUGUGUGACCAAAUGUAAAGGACUGGCACUGUGCAGGGCUAUAGUUUUCAUGCCCAAGAUUAACAGAUGCUAUGUUAAGAGUGGUGCGUACCUCGCUGCGGCUCCCGAUACUCUGGGAAGAAACCCUUCCUCCUUGGAAAUGUCCUGUCUUGAGGCUGAGUGCAUGGAGGACUUCGUUCCAAAAGCAUAGAUAAAAAACUGACUUUCUUCCACUUCAUACAUAUUCCAUAGCAGGUUUUAGAAUAUAUAUAUAUAAUGAUCUCAUUUUGUCUUUUUAAGUGAAGUUUUCAACUUGAAAAAAAUGUUCAGUCCCGUUCUUGCGAAAUAAAUCGGUUAAAAUUGAUUAUGUUGAAUUGAUGUACAG